UCAGGUGACAAUAUAUUUGGCUCAGACUCUAAAGAUGCUGCACAAUCACUGAAUGCUGCAUUUGAACCUGCUGUCAAACUCAAGCUUCCAUGGGCUGCAGUAAUUGGCAACCAUGACCAGGAGGGCACCCUCUCCCGCGAAGCUGUAAUGCGACACAUUGUCGGAAUGAAUCACACUCUUUCGCAAUUUAAUCCUACCGGAAUAGACAUUGAUGGCUUCGGAAAUUAUAACUUAGAGGUCGGUGGCGCUGAGGGUUCCGCGCUCGCAAACAACUCAGUUCUCAACCUUUAUUUCCUCGACAGUGGCGAUUAUUCCACCGUCCCUUCAAUUCCAGGUUACGGCUGGAUCAAGCCCUCUCAACAACUCUGGUUCCAGAAGACCUCUUCUCACCUUCAGAAGGAGUACAUGAGACGAGCUUUGCAGCAGAAACAUCCAGCACCUGGUCUAGCCUAUUUCCACAUACCUCUACCCGAGUUCAGCAGCUUCGAUACGGCGAAUUUCACCGGAGUAAAACAGGAAGGGAUCAGCUCUGCCUCCAUUAACUCCGGCUUCUUCGCAACGAUGGUGGAGGCCGGAGAUGUUAAAGCCGUGUUCACCGGGCAUGAUCAUCUCAACGAUUUCUGCGGAAAGCUUAUGGGAAUUGAGCUUUGCUAUGCAGGUGGAUUUGGAUACCAUGCGUAUGGGAAAGCGGGGUGGUCGAGGAGGGCGAGAGUGGUUUCCGCAUUUCUCGAGAAGAGUUCGAGUGGCCAGGAGUGGGGGGGAGUGAAGUCGAUCAAGACGUGGAAGCGGCUCGACGAUGAACAACUCUCUAGGAUUGACACACAGGUCUUGUGGAUAAAGGGUUCUUUAGGGAGAAGAAGGAAGAGCACUGUUCCAAAUGAAGCAGAUUGAAUAUGAUGCCUCUAUUUCUACUAUUGUGUGAUGAAGAAAAAUCAUCUCUGUAUUUUUCAAAGUAAUGCUGCUGGUUCAUAAAUGGCUGCUAUUUCUUGAGUAUUUGUGAAAAUGUUAGAUUGUCUUGUACUGUAGCAUAAGUUUGCAGCAGAGCAGAAAUAAGCUAUAAGAACCUCAAGGGUUUCUACCUUUAAUGCAGCAUAUGUUCUUUUUU